GCAGUUCCCAGAUGGUUCCCAGGGAGCCAUGUCAUGGCAGGAGAUUCAGCGCUUGUGACCUAUCCUGCCUUUGUGUCCUGUGAGGGACCAGGUUUUGCGCCUUUGUGGCACCACUUCCGCCUCUUGCGUGAGGAUGCGCUGCGUGUUGGACUGUCACAGGACGGGCUCAUCGAAUUGCAAGCCACAGCCACGUACAUCAUCGACCAAUGGGGAGAACAAUCUGUGGAGUUCGUCACAGGAUGGCACAAGGAAUUCUUUGAGCUGCGGGAUUCAAACCAAGUGGUGCAAGAACCCAGUUGCUGGAGAGAUGGCCUGUGCCAACUGCCUUUGCACACGCCUUGGCUGCUACCCUUGGCAGAUCCAACAGUGCAUGGCGGCUUCUGCCUGCACGGCUAUGUGGCCGCCUUGAGCUGCCUCUUACACCACCUACACGGACGCAUUGGUGGUGAGAACGAGAAGGCGCUCACCGCCCGGAUGCAAAAUGCCUUGGGUCCCGAACGAUCACUGGAACUGCUGCUGGAAAGUUCUCCAUGGAAUUUGCAUCUCAGCUCCGCUAACGAAAAAUGGAGGUCCUCACGGCAGCUGGGCCUGGCGGCGGAGCCUCCGCCGGUGCCAGCGAUCGACUUCACGCCAUGGGCCUGGCGGCCGCUGCCGAUGAAGGACUCUAGUGGCGCUGACCAGGCGCCGUUCCGAACGGCCUCCUUGGCCAUCGUCGGGCACCACGCGGGGAUGUCGCUGGAGCCGGCCAUGGCCAUGGCCGCAAUCUUGGCCGAGCUGGCGGAGGAAGAGAGGCUUUCAGUGUCCUUCUUUGGGCAGUACUAUGCCUGCGAGAUUCUCCAGCGGUGUGACCAGGACAGCCUCCAAGAUGUCUUUCGGCGAUGGAUGUUCGACCAGCCGCUUAGGGAGGCUUUGGGACGCACACCGGUCGCGGUGUGGCCUGAGCUCAGAGAAGCGGCGCAACGAGAGCCGCAGCUGAUGAAGGCGAAUGUGUGGAUUUGCACCGGCAUAUGGCCUUUGUGUUGGAUGCUUCAGAAGAUCUCCCAACAGCCGGUGCUCCACUACAUGGUGAACUGGUUGGUGGGAGAACAUACACCGCAAGAGUGGCACGUCUCUCUGAUGGCCGAAGCUGCACGGAUCGGUGCCGAAUCUUUCAAUGGAGGAGCACAUCAUUUCUGCACCACAGCAUGGGCCAGGCUGUCCAUUGACAUUUCCUACUUGAUCGGUCUGAAGGUGCCUCACGUCUCUGCCAUCGCCUGGCACACAGCGCUGCACGCCGGGCCGUCGCUGCGCUGGCGCCGCAAGGCCUCGAAGGCCUCGAAGGCCUUCGUGCCACGCAACGUUUUGAUGCGACGAGUGCAAGGCCAAGUCUUUGCGUCGAUGUUGGGCCACUUCAAUGCACUGCCCUGGGUGCAGCCCGUUGAAGUGGAGGUUUGGCAGGGCGGCUUCGAUAGCAUCAACCGCGACGCGGGCGAUCCCUGGCGAGGAGAGGUCCAGGGGAAGAUUUGGUGGAGCGACGCAGUGGAGUACAUGGCCGCCGUGUACUUGGCGGGGGACAUCACCUUGCUGACCUUCAAUGAACUCUAUGCCUUGCGGGUGCCCACCCUUGUGCCGGAUGUGGCAUGGCAAGCCAGGAUCAUGGCAGACAUGUGCCAGACGGGCAUCGGAUGGUUCUUCCCACACUCCCCGCUCUACCAUCUGGCAGAGGGGGAAGAGACUUUCGCCUUCAGCCCCUGGGGGUGCGACUCGUUGGAUCGUCUGCGCUACUGGUUGCAGACUGCCGAUGCCUGGCGUUUUCCUCACGUAAGCCACGUGACUUCCUUUGUGCAUCUCUACCAAACGCUGCAAAGCUGGCUGGACUCGGAUGAACCACAAAGGCUGAGUGAUGCGAUGGCAAAGUACCAUCUGGAGAUCUACCAGGAGUUUAUCCUACUUCCGUUCCCUGUUGGCCGCAAAAUUGCCGCAGCUUCCACUGCCCGAGGCGCCCAGCUCUCCCGGUGUGCUGGCAGCCUUGCAAAUCUCCGCGGUGCAUACCUUGCGAAGGAGUUUGAAGUUGAAAUUUGGCCGGAAAAGUGAGGGCCCAAAGCGGACCUUAUUCCAAUUGGCAGCGACAAA